CGUGAGUGGGCGGGGCCUGAGCUUCGGUUAGGCGUCACUGCCUCCCACCACGGUUGCCUUGGCGAUGAAGGCUGCUUCCUCUAAAGAAAACGUGUCAGGGUCGUCCACAGGAUUGACCUCCUGGGCGUUGACCACCCCUGGGGUGUCGCCAGUAGGCAGCACUUCUGACUCUGAGGAGAAUGAAAGGAUUCUGUCUCCAGAUAUACUCUCCUCUGACCAGAUCAUUGACCUGUUGGGAGAAGAGAACGAAAAUGGAAUUCAAGAAAAACUGGGAGUGUUUCUGAAUUUUAAAAAUCUCCAGACUUGCCUGCGUGACGCCAUCCUCUUGGACUACUAUGUGUCUGGCUUCUGUUGGGCCAAGGAGAUGAACUUUUCUAUUGAGCAGUAUUCCAAGUUUAUGACCUUGCUGGACAUGCUACUUCAUAAUCUUCAAACACUGCACAUGUCCUUAGAGGACAGCAUUAAGUGGCUCGGGGAAGUGAUGGCAGAAAUCGGACCAAACCACUCGCAGAAGAGUGAAGAUUUCCAUGUCUUCGAAGUCAAGGAAGCCAACGCCAUCAUCGAUUACUUAAAAAUCAGCUUAUUCCAGCACUACAGGCUCUACGAGUUUCUGUUCUACUCCACCAGGGAAGAAAUUGUCAUCGGGACUGAGCAAACCAUAGAGGUUGUCAAGCCUGCAGACUACCCCUUCCCAGCCCCCCUGGAAGAAGGUAUCUCAUUGGACACGUAUUCAACCUUCAUAGAGCCAUUGCCAACGCCGGACAUGGAACAGAAGGUGCUGGAUCAAGAGCAAGGGACUCAGGAAGCCCUGCUGGAGAGUGAAAUGAGAGAGGAGGAUCCCUUAGGUGGCUUCACCAUUGAUGACGUAAAAUCAGCCCUGGAGCGAGUGACGGAUGAGGUUUUGAUUAGCAUGCAGCUCUGAAAUUAUCGCCGAGGAACUACCAGACAAGCAAGAGAAUUGUUUGCAGGACCCACAAUUGAAACCAUCUUUACCAAAGCCACGCUCCGUGAAGGGAGCUGUGUGUUUCUAACUCUCCACUGACACUUUUCUUUUAAAGCAUUCGAGUCUGCAGCAUCAGACCUUCUCUUCUUUGACAGGAUGGACAGGAUUAGUCUACCUGGUUGUUCUCUUCUCAUUAGCAUGAAGCCACCUUGGAAGUUCGACAACGUCUACACCUAAGUACAGUUAUGCGCAAAGGGAGUCCGUGGACCAGAAGGGAGAACCACAGACCUUUUAUGUACUGUGAGCAUCUCCAUAUUGGGCGGAUCUAAUCAGCGUGGGGCAAAUUACUGCUGUCCAGGCUUCACCUUCUUUUCAAUGAGAUGGCAAAAUGGAUUUCUACAAUGUCUCAAGAUAGCAAACCACCAUGUGUAUUUUCUCUCUGCAAUCCUGCUAAACUCCACGCAAGCCAAGAGGGCACUUCCAACGACAAAUCAAAAGAAUGGGACUCAGACAGAUUGCCAUUUGUCUGUAGUCCCCCGGCUCAGCAGGCUUAGCAGGUGCUAUGAGCCUGGCCCCAGCUGCAGCGGCAGCACCAUCCAAGGAAGCCACACGUCUAACGCAGGGCCCAGGCUACUCCGUUAAUACACCAUGGCUUCUUGCUUCCCCCCUCACCUACCUCCCUCUUGGGCAAAUUCCAAGUUGGGAGAUAGGCCUGAGCCUUGCUUCAGUUGUGUCCUGCGUCAAUGGGUAAGCUACUUUCCACUUUUAAGUGAUCCCAGUUCUAAGACCUGCCACGCCCCCUUUUGAAACAGUGUCAGUGGACACUGGAUCCAAACAUCUGCUGUACCCACUCAGUGAAAGUUUUUUUCUUUUUUUUUUUUUUCUCUCAGCUUUUGUGAUCACUCGGUGUUUUUUUCCUUCCUCUUUCUUUAAAAGCCACAGUGUUAUUGCAGAGUCUGCAGGAAAGGUCAAUAGAGAAUUCAUGUUUCAGUACAUUAUAUCAAAGCGAGUUCUCUAUUGUGAUUCCAAGCCAAUAUCCACUUCCCUAAUAAAGAACCCCCUGAAAUGGAGAGUAAGCCCUUAAUUGUUAUGUUUACCCACUUAUUUUUUCCCACAGUUCACUCCUCCGUUUUAGAGAUUUAUUAAGAAUGAAGUUCUCUUGGCCCUCAGUUGUCAAUGAAAAUUACACAGAAUAGACCAAACAUUUUAAGCCAAUAUACUCUAUAUAUUUUCAUUUUAAAGAUACAGUUGAAAUGAAAUUAGCUUGGCUCCAAACUGCAUAAUAAAAAAAAUAAGACCCAAUGGAAGCAACUUUAAUAUAUUUAAAGAAUCAUAUUUUAGAAAAUUAGGAAUGAGAAUGCUGAACUCCUGCAUCAAAGAUUGGCUGUUGGCCCUGACACAGCCAACGAAUAAAAUAAUGUGGGGAAAUAAUGUGGCCAUAACUUGCCACCCUGCGGUUUAUGAUGUCUUACGUUACACUACCUUACAUUGUGUUAUGAAAGUUACAUAUGUUGUUGCAUGGGUAACAUAAUGACAGCUUUGGAUUGUUCAUGUUAGAGAAGUCAUCCAAGGUUGUGAUCAGUGAAAGCUACUGAUCACAGGUCAGGGGAUUCAGAACACUUCCUGAAAGAGAUAGCAGAAGACCCAGCCCCAAGAUGAAUGUCUGUUCAGCAGCACUAGAAAAAGGAGACAGCAAACCAAUGGAUCCUUUGGGUACAUGUGGAUUCUUUUCAUUCUGACUCGGUUAGUUGUAGCUAAACUAAAGCACGAAUCACCGAGGUCUACAUAUCUCUCAAGUUUUCUUUCCUCCUCUUAAGCACAUGAGACCUUCAGGAACCUGCUCUCCAAAGCCCACACACAGCAUGAUAAACUCUCUCAGGGAAAUGCAAGGAAAGGUUCCAGAUCUUUUGGGAAAGCUUUGUGAGACGCCAAAGAAGGAGCUGGUUAGUGGAAGCCUGGCCGUACUUCUCUGGAAAACACAAGACGAUGAGUGGACACAGAAGUGCCUCCGUGAAAGGAGAAGCCCACCUCCUGACUAGAACAUACCAUCCCAGUCCUUUAGAACUGUGUCGGAAUUAUUUCCUCAGACGGUGUCAACACCUACAUGGUGCAAUAUUCCAUAUAUUGAUGCCAAUUCAUAAGGCAUGAUAAUUUUUAAUAUUUCAUGAUAAUACCUUAGUGAACUGUGCCAUGAGUCAAGUAUGUUGUGACAUCGGGAGUUGGGAUUGUGACUGCGAAGCUGAAGCACGGUGCUAGCUAGUCACUGUCACUUCUUCAUGGUCCACACAAUGACAGAAAGUCCCAUGGCUUGUCCAAAGUGACCUAGCCAAACACAACCGUAGGCUAGUUAAUAGUACAUAAGCCAUGAUCCUUUUACUUCUGCCAGAGUACUUCAUGGGGGCAUUCAUAAAAAGGGACAACUGGGGGGGCCAUUUUAUCCCUUCCCCUGCCUCAUCCACUCAACCACUCACAAAGAAAACAGAGAAGAAAACAGAAGUCAAAAGUUAGUCAAUGAAGAAGGAGGAGGAGGAGAAGAAAAAUGAGAAAGAGGAGGAGGAGGGAAAAACAAUAACCAAACAAUAACUACCACCUUAAAAACCCUGUCCCAUUCUAUACUCCUAUAAAUCCUGAAUCCACAAUUGAUGGCAUCAAUGUGACCUGUCAGAAAUAUCAACUCUUCCCAUGAGGUGAAAUACCAAACCUGAUUAAAAUGAUAAUCAGGGGAAACAUUUCAAAAUUAUCAAUUGCAUUGACUUUCUUAAAAGUUACAUAAACACAUAAAAAUAGUUUUAAUCAUAUCUGCUCAUGAAACUGGUUUUUUCCCCUAUUUAGAACACAGUUAGCACAAAGAUUUCAAAUUAUAUUACGUACUUAAAUGGUCUAGACUUUGACUCCUUAAGACACAGAAGUUUAAAGUGUUCUCCAUACACGUGUCCUUGCAUGAGUCACUCAGACAGUAACAAACCUCCCAACUGCUGUGGUCCCUGUAUGCAACUAUAUCAUUCAUCCUUGCUAAAAGAAAAGCAUCCCCAGAGCCCCUAGCGUUGAGAUAACGUGCAAACGUAGUGAGAUGCAUUUCUGGAAUUACAGACGUAGCAAUGUUAGUGUGCACAGCAUCAUCGCCAGAGGCUGCCAUGAUCCCUAAAACCUGUCACCAAUUGCUUAUGAGAGGUGUGUGUGUGUGUGUUUGUUUGUUUGUUUUUUCAUAUCAGUUAUAUAUUACACAGUGGCAUGCAUGCAAGAAUUGUAAUGUAUGAUGAAUACUCUUAAUUAUGAGAGCUGUCCUAAUUGUGAUAUUCUUUGUAUUAUUAUUUCAUGCACUGAAGACUCCAGGAAUCCCAUUUAGACUGCAUUAGAGGGCAGGCCAAAGCAAACGGGUGGAGGGGCCCACAACACCGCCCCGACUAAGCCCAGAGCAGUUUCUCUGAUUCAGCCUUCACUGGCAAACAUGUCUGGAAAUGCAUAUCAGUUAUCCUAUCUUCCACCAUGAGGCUGUGUGAAAAAUGGCUGUCCAAAUACCACUUCCUGUCCGCGGUGGACAUGCUAUACAUUGGGAAUGUGCAAAGAAAUACUAUAAAGUGUUAUCGAAUCACCACAGGCUGGAACACAGCUCUGUCUGCAAAACAGGAAGGUGUGCACGGGGGAUAAUGUCUGUCUUUAGGCACUAUAGUAUGUCAAAACCACAAAGACAAUGUGCAGCCAAAGAUAGCUCUAUCAUAACCA